ACAAACUAGUAUAUAACAUCAGGGUUUCCACCAAAAAAUUACAUUACAUUUCUUAACAUCACCACAUGAACAACGCAUCCAGGAGGCAGGGCUUGGGCAUCUGUCUCUAUCUCUCCUCAUGAGCUCAAGAACCACUUCUGCCGACUUUAUGCCUCAGACGCAGAAUGGCGCUCUUGUUUUUAACGCUAUUUGUGUUAUUUCCAUGUCUCAGUAGUUUGACAGCGGCGACAGCAACGCUUUCACAGAGGAUGACCUUCACAGACAGAGAGACGACAAUGAAAAGGUUACCUUUACCAGGACACGAUUCACCCGUAGAGAUCCUGUUGGAGGGCGAGGCCGACACCGUCAUAAUCGCUGGAAAAAAACACCUGAACUCAUUCAACUUCCAAAGUCCUCAGAAGACUCCUCGAGAAAUAAGAGUGUUGUGGACCGAGUGCAUCGACGACAAGAAUCCACAACAACUGAAAGCAGAUUGCAACUAUAACAUCACUGUGGUCCACCAGAGGGAGGAGGCCAACCAGGUGUUUCUGUGCGGGACCAAUAGCAAGGAGACCCUGUGCUGUGACAUGAAUUUAAAUGAGCAGCAACCCAGCUGCCUUUCCUUUGAAAAAAUGGAUGACAUAAAAAGGAGCAUAAGGAAAUUUGUCAUAAAGGAAGGUGAACCGUAUGCCCUUGUGGAUUCUCCAGAUAGUGAUCUCUUCAUUACAUACUCUGGAUCUCAAGAGUUUGUUGGCAUCCACAAGUUUGGGAAACACCGAGUUGUACCGGCAAGACACAAUAAAGAGCAGCACUAUGUGGGUUUGGUGCAUGGCAGACAGACAGAACCACUGAAUAGCAAAGUAUAUGCCUUCUAUAGGGAGAAAAACAGUGACAAAGGCGUCUCCAGUGGCAUGUGGCUCCCUUUUGUAACCCGGGUUUGCACGGCGGAUCGUGGCGGUCGCAAGAACAUCCUGCAGUUUAGCUGGACGUCACAGAUGAAUGCCAGGCUCUUCUGCGGAGAUGAGGACAGCAAACAAUAUUUCUCUGAGCUGGUAGACGUGGCUACUGUUCAUGCAAAGCAGUGGCUGGACACCAGGGUUUAUGCACUCUUCCGAAAUGAAUGGGGUAUGAGUGCUGUGUGUGUCUACACCAUACAAGAUAUUGAGCACAUCUUCACUAACUCCCCACUUAAAGGCUCGGAGGGAACAAGAUACAGGCCUAGAGAGUGUGAUGCAGACAGCACACAGAUUCCACAAGAGGUCCUGAUGGUGAUUGAGAAGCAUUCGGAGAUGGAGCAAUGGGUCCAGCCUGUGAACAACGCCGGCCCGCUCCUCUCUAAUCACCACAGCUACACUCACAUCCAAGUCCACGGUUCCCCGAGCAACAGCGACAGUCACAACACCGUCCUGUUCCUGUCGCUAAAUAACGGAGGGGUUCAUAAGGUGAUGCAGAAUGAAAGUCAAACGUUUGUCAUCGCUGAGUAUCAACCUUUCAACCACAGAGCCCACAUCGUCAGCAUCCGCCUCCACCCUACCUCUAAGAAGCUGUAUGUGAGCUCCAGAAACGAACUGGUCCAACUGAAUGUGGCAAACUGUGCUCAUUAUGGGGACAGCUGUGAGCUAUGUGUCUUGGCCAGAGAUCCCUACUGCGGCUGGAACGGCACCCACUGCAUCCCUGAGACACAUGGAACACUGCAGGAGCUGACCCAAGGGAACCAUGCAAUCUGUGCGUCUACAUCAAAGUAUCCGGCCCCUAGCAAAGUGUUCAGAGGUUCCAAGGACAUCAUCCAACUUCCUCCUAAGUCAAAGUAUUUCCUCCGGUGCCCGGUGUUGUCCCAUCAUGCCCAGUAUACCUGGCUUCAUCCUGGAAGCAACACAUCCUGCAGCUCGAGGGAGCAGCAGUGCCUUCUGCUGAUCGACAGCAUGGGUCCCGAGCAGGCAGGAACUUACAAAUGCGUGUCAGAGGAGAUGGGCUACAGUAGAGUCUCGGCCCACUACCAGCUAAGGCUGGAGAGCAAGGCGGCGGUCCGCUCAUCAGUCUCAAUGGUCUGGCUUUGUCUAAUGGCUGUUCUGAUCAAGAGUUUGUCCUGAGUAAAUAACAUUAUAGGAAAACAAGUGUCUGCAAUCGUUACAUAGCUAGGGCCGCGACAUUAUUACUAAAAAGUAAAUAAUUUAGUUACCAAAAGUCCUAAUAGUAAUUAUUUCCUUUGAUUUAACUAACUUAAUAAUAUUAGUGCACGUUUGCAUUUACGAAUCAGCAUUGUUUUCAAACGAACAGGACAUUGGCUCAGUCUUGCCAAAAAUCUUGCUUGGAUUAUAAAUAAUAAGCCCUUUCUUAUGCAUAUUUAAAAAAAACGUGUAGCAGCUCAGAUGUUCCUCAUUUAGCAUAUGUGAAUCCUUUAACAUUUCGCUGUAGGCGCUUGCCGUCGGCUGCACAAAAACUGCCAAGUGUACUUUUACCCAAUAAUGAUGUGAAUAUUUUGUCAUGUUGAUUCCGUUAUCAAUCUAACCUGCAUGUAAAACAAUCCGGCUGGCUAGAGGUGGUAUUAUCACAGUCACAGAGCCAAAAUAUAUAAAUGAUAAAAAGAUAACCUCAUACAGGUAAAAGAGUCAUGAGUCUUGCUAUAUGAUAGUGUCAUGAUGAAUUGCAUUUCAGUUAUUUUGAAAUACUACCCGUUUCCUUUACUGAGAAAUUCUGUGAUAAGGAGGUGGGGACAUUCUGUCCUUGAUGCAAUUUCCUAUCUUGCAUACUACCUCAGACUUGCUUAAAAGGCUUCGGGCUUUUUAUGUUUGUCAAGACGUCUGUCUCUGUUAGGCACUUUGAGCACUUUAUUUAUUGAAAUAAAUAUAUUAUGUUUGUUAUGAAAUGAUAGCUUUUGAUGUAGAUUUUAAAUGGAACAUGGACAUAGUUGUUGCAUGAUGGGUGAUGUUUGACUUUUGAUCUGCUCUGACUUACAAUGGAUUUCUGUUUAUUUUUGUAAGAAAACUUUAUUUUGUAAAACAUGUUUCCAUCUGAGCAAUGCUCCCUUUUCAUUUAAAUGCAAUCCCUUUUCAUUUAAAUGCAAUGCUCCCUUUUCAUUCUACCAGUUUAGUUCUUCAGACCUCAGAAAGGGAAAUGGCUGUGGUCUCUUAGCAGCGGUCUACACGCACCACUUCAUGCUUUACACAGACGCUGCACCGCUUGGCCUCCUCAUACAUUUACACAGUCAAAUGAACCUUGAAA